AGUGACCGUCUCUUGAUCAAAGGAGCGAAGAUCGUGAACGAUGAUCAGUCCUUCUGCGCCGACAUCUACAUCGAGGAUGGAGUCAUCAAGCAAAUCGGGGAAAACCUCAUUGUUCCCGGCGGGGUGAAAACCAUCGACGCACACGGUCGCAUGUUGAUGCCGGGCGGGAUCGACGUGCACACGCGUUUCCAGAUGCCCCACAUGGGAAUGACGUCCGCCGACGACUUCUACCAGGGGUCCAAGGCGGCGCUGGCGGGCGGRACCACCAUGUUCAUYGACCACGUGCUGCCGGAGCCCGGCGUCAGCCUCCUGUCGGCCGUUGAGCAGUGGCGCGAGUGGGCCGACGGCAAGUCCUGCUGCGACUACUCGCUGCACGUGGACAUCACCGAGUGGCACCGGGGCAUCCAGGAGGAGAUGGAGACGCUGGUGAAGGACCACGGGGUGAACUCCUUCCUGGUCUACCUGGCGUAUAAGGAUGUUUUCCAGCUCACUGAUGCUCAGGCGUAUGAGGUGUUCAGCGUGAUCCGAGACCUGGGAGCCGUCGCUCAGGUUCACGCCGAGAACGGAGACAUCGUCGCUGAGGAGCAGCGGCGGAUCUUGGAGCAGGGGAUCACCGGACCUGAAGGACACGUGUUGAGCCAUCCUGAGGAGGUGGAGGCGGAAGCUGUUAACCGUGCCGUGACCGUAGCCAAUCAGACUAACUGUCCGCUCUACGUUACCAAGGUGAUGAGCAAGAGCGCUGCUGACAUCAUCGCUCAGGCGAGGAAGAAGGGUACUGUGGUCUACGGAGAGCCCAUCACUGCUAGCCUGGGAACAGACGGUUCUCACUACUGGAGCAAGAACUGGGCCAAAGCAGCGGCUUACGUCACUUCCCCUCCCCUGAGUCCUGACCCGACCACACCGGACUAUCUCAACUCCCUGCUGUCUUGUGGUGACCUGCAGGUGACAGGAAGUGCGCACUGUCCCUUUAAUACCGCCCAGCGUGCCGUGGGGAAAGACGACUUCACUUUAAUCCCCGAGGGGGUCAACGGCACCGAGGAGAGGAUGUCUAUCAUCUGGGACAAAUGUGUGGUGACGGGUAAGAUGGACGAAAACCAGUUUGUGGCCGUGACCAGCACCAACGCCGCCAAGAUUUUCAACCUGUACCCCCGCAAGGGCCGUAUCGCCGUGGGUUCGGACGCGGACCUGGUCCUCUGGGACCCGGACAUCACAAAGAUCAUUUCUGCCAAGAGCCACAACUCGACUGUGGAGUACAACAUCUUUGAGGGCUUGGAGGUCCGUGGAGGUCCCCUCGUGGUUAUCAGCCAGGGGAAGAUCGUCUUGGAGGAGGGGACCCUCCAUGUCACUGAGGGCUCGGGACGUUUUGUGGCUCGAAAGCCUUUCCCUGAUUACGUCUACAAGAGGAUAAAAGCUCGCAGCAGGCUGGCCGAGCUGAGGGGCGUACCCCGGGGGCUGUACGAUGGGCCGGUCUGCGAGGUGUCYGUCACUCCUAAAGCCAUGACUCCCGCUUCCUCUGCCAAGACCUCACCUGCCAAACAACCCAACCAGCCUGUCCGCAACCUGCACCAGUCUGGUUUCAGCCUGUCUGGUGCUCAGGUCGACGACAACGUUCCCCGCAGGAACACCCAGCGCAUCGUGGCUCCUCCGGGCGGCCGGGCCAACAUCACCAGCCUGGGUUAGAGCUCCGCCCCCCUGUUUCCAACCUGCUGAGGAGGAAAGGCACGAAUCAAAGGAUGGCGUUCAGCAGCCGAGCAGGUCGACAGGAAACGCCACAACAUCCGGGGCGAAUCGAAGCCUUUUCUUCAGGCUCCAGCUUUUGGUCGAACACUUCCUCCUUUGCAGUUUUUCCCUCACAUCCCUCCAAACCCGACUCCUAUUGGACACAACUAGAAACAAAACAAACAAACAAACAAUAAGUUCUGCCUCAUGAUGGGAAAAAAAGAGAAACAUAACACCGCUUUUUGUGCACUUUUAAUUGAAUAUUUGUUUGGUUUUAUUGGACUUGUUUUAUUUGUCUUUUGAUGUUUGCUGUUGUUUUUAUUGAGGGUUCAGGCGAGUCUAAAAUUAUUUACACAGCUAAAGGGAUAGUUCARAUGYUUUGAAGUAGGGUUUUAUGGAAAAGUUAUAAAUAAUUAUUUCAAUUACCUGCUCUAAACAGCUUUUUAUAUGAAGAAACUGGRUUUAUUUUAGAUUUAGUGACCAGUCGGGUCAGAAUAAAUUUUAUUUCUCCAAAAAGAGGUUGUUCAGAGAGUUAUCUAAAACAGGUAAGAUACUACCGUUUCAUAUAACCCCACUUUAAAAAAAAUCUGAGCUGUCUUUUUAGGAGAAUAAGACGGUGUUUAUGAAGAAUGUUUUAAUGUAUUUUUUGGGUACAAAUUAUGUGAUUUUUUUUCUUAUUCUUUUGUUUUAAAAAAGCCAAGUGCAAACUUGUUUAAUAAUUAAAAUAGUCUUAUAAUUUAGCAGUCAGGUCAAUAAUCCUUUGACUUGGCUGCAUUUUUACUGUUUCUAAUCAGUAUUUGAUGAGUUCCUGCUGCCUUAAGAGUUGAAAUGUUUCAAACAAUCCCUCAUUAUGAUUUGAGCUCUUAAGGUGGGAAAGUCCUGAGUCUGGUGGAGAACUUUAGGAAACCGCGGGAGCUUCGGCAGCUUCGUUUUUUUUUUUUUUCAGUUUUAGCUCAUAAAAAAGUAGCAGAACUUGUCAUGUUUGCUGACAGCACGGUCAAACUGAGCCUUUCCUUGCCUUAAUGUCCGUUCUUGUUCUUUCACGAGUGCAGGGAAGGUGCCAUUCACUACUCAGCUGCUGUUUUUUUUUAUUUUAAUUUUAUUWUUUUUUUGUUUAACUUGCAUUCCUGAAUCAAAAAGGUCCAGAUUUCUCGACUGACAGCUGCAGAAGCGUCCGACAUCCGUCCGUUCGCAAACCCAACGCGACCGCUUCGUUCCCGUCGGGGACCCCCUCCUUUCCUACUCUUUAUGUGCCUGAACCCACAGAAGUUGUAUCGAUAGUCUGAUUUGUUUUCUUCCUUUUGUUUUCUUUUUUUUUAAUUUUUUAUUGUAUUUUUCGGAGGUAACUGAAGGAUGUAAGAUAAAAAAAAGAUGUAAAAUAGCCAGGAUAAACCGAUUCAAAGGUGCCAGAUUUUUGUGCUUUCACAAGGCCUCAUCAGGAGAUAGAGCCUCAGUAAAGCUGAAAAAAAAAAGCUUGAUAGCUUGAAAUGUACUUUAUGUUUUAGAGUUUUUACCUUGUUGUCRAACUGCUUUUUAGUGUUAUUCUGUAACUAUAUAGGUGCCUGAAGGCUGAGCACUAUGAUUUCUGCUUGAAAGUAGACCUGAUCUAAUCUUAGUAUUUAACUUGUGUGGUGUUGAUGUGAGAGGGAUGGGACAGCAGACUGGUUUAUACUAAAAAAAACUGAGUUUUUAUUGUUUUUAACACAUUUCAGCUUCUGUUAAAGAGACUUUCUGGGUUUUAAGUUCACUUUUUCCCUCCAAGACUCAAACCUGAAGCCAAAUCUUUACCGUUUUACCAACUUUUUUUGUAUUUGACCCUUAAAAUUGUUCACAUUUCUACCUGCAGACAUGAAACAUAGGUGAAAUCUGUCAUUGUUACAAAUGUUUUUAUGUAUUUAAAUAAUCCGAAGCGAGGAUAAUGUAGCAAACUGAACAAAAAGUUCAUGUUUCAGCUGCUGUUUUUGUUUAUUUUUUAUCUUAUUUAUCCAAGUUGGCAUCAGUUUAAUUGUUUUAAAGACAUAUUUUAUGUUCAAGUUAGUCUUUUUUUUUUUUUUUUUUUUGAAGCGGUUUCACUUUUCAUCCAAGGAGCUUAAAGUGCCUGUGACAUGCCUCUCCAUCGAAUACAAGAAGUCAAAGAAAACACAUUUUUAUGUAAGAAACUUYGCAUUAAACAUGCGAUUUUACCCAUUUUGUCACAUAAAUGACAUAUUUUGUUUUGSACUUGGCUCGGCCAAAGUGUAACAGGAAGUGACAUCAUGGGGAACUUUUUAAGAAAGAAAACUCUGGUCUUUGUUUCUCUCUUUGACAGUGACAAAUUAAUCUAAAGAAACAUCAGAUUCUUCUCAACAAUCUGUGUCGUUAGCUGUUUUAUCAAUGAUUUGUUCCACGCAGAUGUUCCCCUUUGACAUCACUUCCUGUUCCYUCACAUGCAAAUAUCUCWAYAACKGUUCAUCUCAGCAGCGAGAUAUUAUUUUUGCAAUAUGCUAUUAAUGUUGUCUUUCUAAUAAUGCUUUUAUAUUUAUUUUUAAAAUGUCAUGUCACAGACACUUUACUGCAGUCAAACUUGAAAAGAAGCUAGUUUUGGAGCUGUGAGCCUUAAAACUGCACCCAAAUCACGCUGCCUCCUGACGUUUCAACUCGUUCAGGAAAGUGUUUAAUUGAAUUCCCAGUCGUGUAAAUGUUCAUUCAUGAAACACAAAUCACCAAACGUGAGUUAACGAAUGCUUACAUUUAAAAAUAAAUCAGAAAAAAGCUCCAUAAAUUGACCAAACAAAGAGCCUAAUGACCCUCAGGAGGGAGGGGAGAGUUGGUUUUAAAGCAUCGGUUAGAACUGAUGAAGGCGACUCGGCUGAGAAGUAAAACUCUCAAAAAAAAAAAAAAAGAAAUUAUUUGUCUUUAAAAACAACUAAAUCCUCUGGGUGUUGGAGUCCCGGCUGAGUCUGCCCCCCCUGCCCGUGUUGGAUUAUCUUGGAGGGAAAAAGAGGCUUGAGGUCCACCGUCUCUAACGCAGUUUGGCAGCGAGUCGCUCCUCUUUUUCUUCCUUUUCUUUGCUUGUUUCUGGCUGUUGCCUUGGCAAUGAACCACUCUUGCUUUUUUUUUUAAAUAUAUUUUUUCCCUGUUUGUCAUGGCAACACUCGUUAGACGGUUAGGUUGCCAUUAACAACUGGUCUCGACUCUUAAGCUAUGACAAAAAUCCCAUUUCCCUUUCUCUUUUUAUUAUUCUGUUACGGUGCAGCGACACAGUCCUCCUUUAAAAAUKGGAUUUGAUAAAACUCAGUCUCCAGGUGAUGUUAGAAAAUAAACACGGUCAGGCUGUGAGUCCCAYGCCCCCCGGUCGACACACACUUCCCCCCUCCCUUGAUGCUCUUGUCGGCUUGGAUGCUUUUUCUACACCAUAUUAUGCUAACAAUAUAAGAGUGACGUGUACGUACACAACACUGCAGACUGACAGGUUCUUCCUGCUGUUCUGAGGCUGUUGAUGCUGUUGAACACCCUCCCCCCACCACCACACACCCCCACCCCUCCUCUCUGUGAGCUUUUUCCCUUUUGUGAAAGUGAAACUGUGUGAUGGUGUUUGUCUCGGUGGCUGUGGGGUUUCUGGGAUGCUUGCUUGCUAUAAAAAAAAUAAAAACUGUAAGAUUU